CAUAUAAUGUAGCCACGUUUUACUGUGUAUGGAUAUUAAUCAGUAACAAACUUAAUAUUCUCAAAUUGCCGGCUAUUGAUUCUAUACAAUUUGUAACAUCGUCAAUAAAGGAACAAUAUAAUCUGUAGAAUACAAUGUAUUUGACGUAGGAUAAUGUUAUUUUUAAAGAAAUGGAACAACACGACGAAACAGUGGACGCUCUUAGAAUAAUAUAACAGGUUUGUUAAAUAAUGCCACCGGAAGUGUUAUACAAUUUAAUGUUUUGUCGUUUAUUGCCGAUAACCCAACAGUUAACAGUUUAAAUUAGUACAUUGUUUAACUGCAUUGGUAAAACUUUGGUGAGAAUUAAAUUAUGAGAAUUUAAGCAGAGUUAGGAUCGGUUAAAGUCAUCGUUUAUUUGUACAGUUACUUAUUUUGCAUAUACGUCUUGUAAUUCAUGAGUCAUAUUUAUAAGUGACGCAAAUAUAAAACUUUCUUUAUCACGCUAACUAAUAUUUUCGGUACUGUUGCAAUAAUUGACAAAAAAAAACACAGUUAAUUUAAAAGAUAUUGUAGUCUGUGUAGAGUCAAGUAGCUAUAUAUAUAUAGGUUAGAAAUAGAUUACAAUUUUUCAAUUUAAUUAUUUUCCCCUUACAAAGAAGGUAUAUAAGCAAUAUUGGUUCACCGAACUGAGCUGUUUCCCGUCAUUUGUGAUGUUUAUAAAUAUUAAACGCAGUGUCUGAUCAACGAAGAAUUGCGGUUACCCCCUUAGAUUUUGUAACAAAGAACAGUUUUAAUUUGUCUUAUAGACAACGAUGUUUGCAGUAUGAUUCGAAUAGGGUAUAUAUAGCUACUGUCCUAGCGUAUAUACAGUUCGUCCUAGAAAAGACGAAUGAUUAUGGAUUUAGGGAAAUAUAUGAUAAUCAGUUUAUAACUUCUCAAUACUUUCUUUCUUAACAGCUAGCACCAUUCCCUAUUAUAUUAUCUAUACAAUAUACAGAACUGAAAAUAACUGAAAAGAAAAACUACGAAACCUAUAAUAUGAACAAGCUUUCGUUGGCAGGGAUACAACUACCUGAAAAUAUAUAAGGAGAAUUUCGACGUUUCGAGCGAAGGCUCUUCGUCUGGAGUUACUCAAUAUGCAUGAAACCUAUAUAGCUUCCUAUAGUAUAGAGGCUUAAGCCCUUCCCUUGUCAAACGUGGAUGAGAGUUGAUAAGAGUUCAUGGCAGUUUGCAUGGUUGUUUUUUCAGUAGUCAACUGUCAUGUCCCGCUCAAACGAGAACAAGACUGCACGAGAAAGUGAUGAGAGUUGAGAAGCGAGAGUUUGCAUGACAGUUUUCGAACUCUCAUGUCCCGGCACUCUCGAUCAUUUCAGUCCCCGAACUCUCAUGUCAUGUCAAACGAGAAUCGAGAACAAGAGUUGCAUGAGAGUUGUAUGAGAGUUGAGAAGCGAGAGUUUGCAUGAGAGUUUUCUCAACUCUCAUGUCCCGAUCAAACGAGAAGAAGAGUUGCCUGAGAGUUGAGAAGCGAGAGUUUGCAUGAGAGUUUUCUCAACUCUCAUGUCCCGGUCAAACGAGAACAAGAGUUGCACGAGAGUUGAUGAGAGUUAAUUGGCUAUUCCAUGAGUAUUGACUUCUAGAUAUUACCGAUUAGACGAGCAAAAACUCAGUCAUCAACUGUUAUUGGAAUUUAAAGCAGCUGAAAGUUGAUGAGACGGUUUACAAGAGUCGAUGAAAGUUUGUGAUCAAACACGAACGAGAGGUACAAGUCUCAUCAACUCUCAUCCUCGCCGCCUUUUGACCAAGACAUUGUUUACUAAGUGUUAUAAGUUAGUAAAACUAUAACUGAAUCCGUUUCCAGCAAUUUUUGAAUCUUGUGGCUCCUCUUGUCUUUUCUCAAAUACUGAAUUCAUAAUGGAGCAUUUCUAGUAUUCGGAGUAUGUUUUAUAUUUUAUUUAUAGAACUAUAGUAAAUACUAUAAACUAUAGUCCACAUUGGGUUUUCUUUUUCGUUAUUAAUUUAAUGAUGUGAUCUAAGUUGUCCUUAUAAUAAUUCGUUUCUUUCAUUCUAGCCGCUAAAAUCAUUCGGUGCAUGUAGAAUCUCUUAUAAAUACUCAGCAUUCCUCGAUAGAUAGCCUACAUUCCACCGCAAUAUGCAUAGUAGUCUAGGACCUGUAUAUGAGUUUGUAUGCAUUUCAUUUAGGACAGAUAAUCUCAACUGUUUUAGGGUAAGUUGACCAUGACGGUCAACAUGGUAAUGCUGCCCGAACCCCAAUCCGGGGCGAAACGUCCGAAAUUGACCACACCCAAAAACGACGCUUUCGCCAUACUGCUAUCUACCAAACCAUAAAAGCUUUGGCUAUUCUGAGGUGCUUAUAUGGUUCAGAGAUGGUACUUUUGGGGGUGGUCAUUGGUAAGUGUGAAAUGCCGAGCACUAAUAUUUCACAAGAAAAUGGCCAUGCAAUAAUCAUAGUUAAACGUCAAUUUGUGGCUUGCAAAUUCAGAUAAACAGCAGUGGACUUACAUUACCUUUUUCCCUAAAUCUUUUUGAUAGAAACAUAAAUGGUACUUAUUUAAAUAUAUUAUCACUGGUUUGGUGUAAAAUAGUUAAUAUUUUCUGACCGAAAUAAUAAUUUGAAAUGUGCCUACUCCGCUGUUUAUCGGCGAUCUCGUCGACAUCCUACAAAAAAUGUAAAUCAUCUCAGACAUAAUGGUAUCAAGAACAUUUUAAACAAGUUUCAACUUGGUUUCAAGUAGAUCAUACCUGUUUAACCAUCGACAAGGUAAAACCACAACUUUGUCCAAAUUCGGCGCCAUUUUGUCAUCCCAUGUCGCUUGUUAACAAUUCAGCCUUGUUACUCUUCCAUCCAAGCCAUUUCCAUUCCACUAAUAAUAAAUUUAACCCUUUAUAACAGGAGGAACUAAAAAAUCUAAACAAAAUACAAGAAAUACGCCAUUUUAUCACCCUGUAAAAUGUUGUUUACGAGUCCUUCAAAACAUUCCGUACAAAUCUCGCGUGGUUUAGCAACAGGGACGUGACAGGGGGGGUAGAGACUUGAAAAGUGAAAGGAAAGCCCACACAGUAUGGUAAAACCAACAAUCAACAUUUAAUUUGUAUGACUUUUUCAUAUUAAUAAAUAAUAAUAUGUAUAUAUUUGUCGCUACAAGAAAUAAACAAACAUUUGUAUGAUUGUAUUUAGCUUUUAGUCUAUUUCACGCAGCCUUCUUCUAUCUUCGUGAAAUAAUUCACCCCCUCCUGUCACGUCCCUGUUACUUUGUCACGCGAUAUUUGUCCGGAAUGUUUUGAAAGACUCGUGAGCAAAAUUUUACAUGGUGAUAAAAUGGCGUAUUUCUUAUAUUUUGUUUAGAUUUUUAGUUUCCUCCUGUUAUAAAGGGUUAAAUUUAUUAUUAGUGGAAUGGAAAUGGCUUGGAUGGAAGAGUAACAAGGCUGAAUUGCUAACAAGCGACAUGGGAUGACAAAAUGGCGCCGAAUUUGGACAAAGUUGUGGAUUUACCUUGUCGAUGGUUAAACAGGUAUGAUCUACUGGAAACCAAGUUGAAACUUGUUUAAAAUGUUCUUGAUACCAUUAUGUCUGAGAUGAUUUACAUUUUUUGUAGGAUGUCGACGAGAUCGCCGAUAAACAGCGAAGUAAAGUGGAGAACUUGGCCAAAUACGUCCAUUUGCAGGAGGUAGGCACAUUUCAAAUUAUUAUUUCGGUCAGAAAAUAUUAACUAUUUUACACCAAACCAGUGAUAAUAUAUUUAAAUAAGUACCAUUUAUGUUUCUAUCAAAACGAUUUAGGGAAAAAGGUAAUGUAAGUCCACUGCUGUUCAUCUGAAUUUGCAAGCCACAAAUUGACGUUUAACUAUGAUCAUUGCAUGGCCAUUUUCUUGCGAAAUAUUAGUGCUUGGCAUUUCACACUUACCAAAGACCACCCCCAAAAGUACCAUCUCUGAACCAUAUAAGCACCUCAGAAUAGCCAAAGCUUUUAUGGUUUGGUAGAUAGCAGUAUGGCGAAAGCGUCGUUUUUGGGUGUGGUCAGUUUCGGACGUUUCGCCCCGGAUUGGGGUUCGGGCAGCGUUACCAUGUUGACCGUCAUGGUCAACUUACCCUAAAACAGUUGAGAUUAUCUGUCCUAAAUGAAAUGCAUACAAACUCAUAUACAGGUCCUAGACUAUAGCCUGCUCGCAGGCCGUUUGUCAGGCAGAGACUGCGAGGUAUAUAUAGAGCCUGUGAGCAGGCUACAAUAUGCAAUGCAGUUUAAUUUUAUGAUCGUGACGGUCAAUCAAUGUUAAUCAGUGCUAAUAUAUGCCGUUACUUUGUCAACUGUCAAAUGGCAUGACUGGCAAAGAUUUCUUUUAGAAAUAAUUGCUACAAUUACAAACAUUAACUUAGAAUAGUGAUCUUUACUAUCUAAGAAAAGUUAAGUGAAAAAUAUAUUAACUCAUUAAGUUACAUUGUGCCCCAAUGUGCCCUAUACUUUAUUAUUUAAUUUUACUCUGUCUAUAACGCCAGAAGCUUUUAUACUCAUCAAGGGAAGAGCACUGGCGUACUUGGCGUUCAAUGGUUUAAUUAGCGGCCAAUUAACAAUAUAUUAACAUUCUUUAGUCUUUGGUGGACUUAAUUAUUUGCCCAUACAAACCAGCUGCACCUCAAGUUUUAUUCAGUAUUUGUUUUAGAAAAACAAUACACACAAUAUAUAAUAAAGAGCUCAGAUCAUUCGACAGAUUUCGAAAUAUUAAAGUGAUAUGCGAAACUUCAAAUCUGAGAUCAAUGGUAGAUUUUUCUAUUUUCUUUGGGAUUAUUAUCCAGGAACAAAGUGUUUCAUCAUCACGGCUAUGACGUCAUCAUCUCCCACUCACGUCUCGCGUGCUACGCACAUAGAUAUCUUAUAUACACUAGAUAGCGCAUCUCUUUUAGUAAAAUUGAAGCCAAAAAUAUUCCAGCGGUUACCGCCAUUUGAAUAGAUGGCGGCCAUGUUGGUCGUUCCCACUUGCUAAUAAACGCUUAAAAACAACAAUAACUUUCAUCAUUUGAAUAGUUUAAAAACGUAUUUGCAACAGGAUUAACGUAAUGUUUAAGUUCCCUGUUUAAGAAAUAGAGAACAUACGAAUCUUCUCAUUUCAUGGGAACGACCUGAGACUGCAAUCACGGCUUCAAUAUUUGAAUUGCAGAAUAAUUAGAUGCACUAUCUAGUGUAUAUAAGAUAUCUAUGGCUACGCAGAACAGUAAUACUUUUCAAAUCCCUUAUUUAAACUGGCUAAUCGUAUUUGUUUUAACUUUAAGAUGAGACAAUAUUAAUUAGACCUGCCCAGGCCAUCAGCAGUUUAUGUAAAUAGAGGUUUAUAUACGGUAGUUUAUACCGUUUAUUGGUCGAAACUGGAGCAGUCAUUAGAGCUAGCGCGUGGGAACGCUCUAUAAUGAAAGUCGUGGGUUUUCUCCUGGUGCCCUGUUUCCACCCACAAGCCAACAUUCCCAUGUAAAGUAGUUUACACCCCAAAAGAACAUUCUAGUUUCUCGCCCUGUUCCCUGGCAAUAAAAACGCCCUAGCACUGAAGAUGGUUGAAACUACACAAGCCCCCGUAAAGCUGUAGUACAGAGGUUCUCUGAACACAAGUGCAUGUGACAGUUUGAUAUAAGAGCACUUGAGUUAUGCUUACAUGUUUAUCAUCGUUACAAAUUCGAGAAUGGUAUUAAAGAAUGUAUACUAUGUAUCAUCAUUUAAUAUAUGAAAAACAAUUGUCAAUAAUCUAAUUUAGUUUGGCCGAAGAGUAAAAUAUCUACGAUGCGUUAGUCUAGCAGGGAAUACUUGAACAGAAUUGCAGUAAUUUAAAGGCGUCAGGUUUGAGGGCAGUCUGGGUUAUGGUAAUGAUCAUGAAGACCGGUUCUUAUAUCCAACAAACUAGAAGCGCUCUUCUCACGUUUGAGGAAAAGUUAUAUUAAUGCACGUGCAUUGUGCAAGGCAUAAAAGGCAUGUAUUUGUGCAAGAAGCGAUUUAGUCACCGAAGAGCACCACAGCAUACCAUACCAUACCAUACCAUGCGACACCAUAUACCAUACCAUACCAUUACCAUACCAUACCAUACCUUCUCACACCGUAUACCAUGUCGCACCAUACCACACCAUUCCAUAACAUACCAACCAUAGCAAUGGAGAUUUAGACAAUUUUAAUAAGUGCACAAAUAAAGUACAUGUCCGGGGUAUGUUCUAGUUAAUUCAAUUGAAUGAUUUUUAUCCUUCAAACAAGGUAAUAAACUAUUGUAACUAUGGCAUGCAUAAAAAUGUCGCAAUUAAGAGCCAAAUAAGAGCCAAAAGGAUUGACGUGUUGGACAAUUAUAUAAUUUAUAUUGUGUUUACGGAGUCUUAAAAGUGCUAUAUUGCGCGAAACAGCCAAAUUAAUUCAAAUUAACAAACCCACACCCGAGUAAUCCGGUGAAUACCAUUUCUGGCCCUUGUAGUGUCGAUUGACGCACCGUCUGUCGGAGAAAAUCCAAAUACAAUGAAAAACAAUGCCAUUGAGAAUUCUAUCUAAAUCGUAAUCACAUAAUUCCUUUAGCUUUAAACUCGAAAUGUUGAGAGGUUUUGAGAGUAUAGAGGUCAUUACCGAAAAUACGUUAUUUUUCGUUUCAGGUUUGAAACAUCAACGGGGUAACCUUAGAAUUUUGGCAACAGAAGAAUACAUUAACAUCGGGAUUGUUUGCUCUCUUUUAUUAUGGUAAUGUUUAAGUGCUCAUAUUUGUGUGGGAGGGCUGAAACUUGAGAACGACCUUAUUAUGUAUUUGCAUGUAACUGAAACCGAUUCUAUAUAUUCUUCAAUAUAGUCUUCAAAAAGGUGGAAAAGGUCAUCAAGCUUUGCCAUGUCGGGGCCGUCUAUCGCGUGGAGUAACGUGGAUUACAAGCUGACGGAUUUUAUAAAGAAAAGCCCACCACCGCAAGUCGUCAAAGUCAAGAAAGAUGCCGGUAUAUCGGCUGCGUUUAAGAGCAACAUUGAACUGAUACUUCACGAGUCGAAGGCGCUCAAAAAGGUCGAAGCGUGUGUCGUGUCAGAAGGCAAGACAUUCGUACUUCCCUACGACUGCCCGGCAAAGGUGCAUCAAUUAACUAAAGCGGAGGAAUAUAGUACCUUAGGUGAUCUACGGAAGGCAUUGCCAACGUGUCGUUUCUUUUUAGUAACAAGCAAAGCAAAUGAUGAACAAUUACAAGACAUUAAACUGGGUGAGGUGUUGACUAUCGUAUUUAAGAAAACUCUCAGCGGCACUGAUGUAUUCACAUGUGAAAGAAAGAAACUUGGGCUUAAGAUUGAAAUCAAAGCGAAUGCAAAGGGGGGCUUUGCUCCAAUGGGAACUGUAGCAGAACGGAAGAUUAGUGAUUUUGUUCGCCAUUAUUCGACCUUUCCUGUAGGCAUUGCACUUACCGAAUCGACCUUGACAAAUAAGGCAUUCGCGUCACUUAAUGAUCUUAUAUCGCAAUCGAAAAGUGGAUUAAUAAGGCUGACAAGGCUUUUCACAGUUGAUACGGUUAUUGCCUCGAGUCUUGGAAAGAAAAAAACUGUCUAUUCAAUUCCGAAAGAUCUGGGCCUUACAGUGACCGCGUCGAAGGCUUUGUUGCUUGAAGACAGUGAACAUCAGGAAUUUUGUAGGAAAUUACACGGGGAUGUGGACAAGUCUUCUAUCGACACGCAUUUGACUUUAGCGGUAUCGUUCGGUAACACCGAAAUCGAGGUGUUACAGUGGAGUUAUGGCGACGAAAGCGCCUACGAGGAAGUGGUGCCUCUUGCGACCGGGAAAGCAAAGAAUGCGAAGGUAAAUGGUGAAUUACCAAAGCGUGACGGAGCUGUCAAAGACCAAGUGAGAAAGAUUAGUAGCUCGGACACAACCAAAGAUGCUCCAGGCAAGGAAAAGGAAACGAAAGAGAAGGUUAAGGAAUCGAAGGAGAAGAAUAAAGAUAAGGAAAAAACUAAGGAGAAGGAGAAACCUAAAGAUAAGCAAAAGGUAAGAAUUCAGUUUAUGAGGAUGAGGUUCAGAUUUUCAGUAAUUGAGGUAUACUUACACCCUAACACCGAAGAUGUACUUUUACUAAGUACUAUGCAUGCAGCGGAUGGUAUAUUGGCAACCUGGGUUUUAUAUAUAAGUGACCGUAUCACGCAGCAGACCAUAGUCAUAAUUGACAAGUAUAUAUACAGGUUAUACGUGGGCUUCACUUUAAGGUUGGUUUACAGUAUCAAAAUUUUGCCAAGAUUUGUAAGAAAUGUUCGAGGAAACGACUCAUUGUUUAACACGACGUCAGUUCCCUAAACUAGUAACUCACUAGUAACUCCAGACGAAGGCGGAAGGGCCUUCGCUCGAAUCGUCGAAAUGCUCCUUUAUGCUAGCCUGCCUCGCAGACGUCCUUAUGGCUCACAUCCUUUAUGCCUAAAGUACCAACGAAACGCUACUGGUGAGGUCAGCGUGUUAAUAUUAUAUUGACACAACCUACAUUGGCACAGACAGCUCAAGAAGGACUAAUUGCGUGUCGAUUAGCCCGUGUCGACAGCUCAAGAAGGACUAAUUGCGUGUCGAUUAGCAAGGAAGGACUAAUUGCGUGUCGAUUAGCCCGCUAGCCGUGCCCGAAUUUGUGUUUCGAAACUGCGGGAUCGGCAAGCAUGCUACAUUCAUCAAUCAUCAUAAAUCGUUUUAAAACAAUUUUAGUCUAGGUGUGAAGUAUAUUUUACAUAAUUAAUUACUCAGCUGAAUAUAAACACGAUGGUCUUUAUUAUUGCUUAUUUCUGUGGUUAUGGUACUAGUAACUCAACUAAAAACUACAUUUGCUUAAACUGAAUAUCUCCAUCAGUUCUAAACGUUUGUUAUGAAUAAAGUUAUUAUUACUAUUAUAUUAUAUACACAUAUAUUGAAAAUAUCGUAAAUCAAUUAUAGUCUUUACAGAGUUAUUAAAACACGACUUUGCAACUGUAAUAAAUAUAUCUGAGCCGCGGUUAAGCUGUAUGAAAUAAAUAAACAAACACCAUAUACGAGUCGAAUAACGUAAUAAUGCGGUACUUUUAAAAGCCGAGGAUUUGCACUUCUACACAACAGGCAAAAUUCAAAACAAUUUAACUAGUUGGAAUGACAAAUCUAAUUUAUUAUUAUUAAAACAUUACAAUUGCAUUGCAAUUGCAUUGGUUAUUAAAACAUCACAAUUGCAUUGCUGUCAUGCCAUACGCUACCAUUAUCAGUUUGUUUUCAAUAAUUUUUCAGCUAUUUAGUAAAUUUUUACCUGUGGCAAUAAGCAAUAAGCUUUGUAUAAAGGCUAAAAUAUACAUAAUUAUACGACGAUUAUAUAAUUUUUGCAUUUUUUUAAACAAAGCCAAAGCCAAGUAAAAAAAAAAUAUGAAAUAGUAGCUUCUCGUCCGAAUUUUGAAAAAAAAAGGAGAAUGCGGGCGCUUUUUUUUGUUAAACUUUCAGUCAAAUAUUGCUCUUAAAGUUUACCAAACCGAACUAUGCGGUUUAUGACGAAAGGAGCAAAAUGGCCGAAAUAUACUAAGUGGAAAUUCUUUGAAAGGCUCGAAUAUAAAACAUUAAAAAAAAGAAAAAUCCAUGCGGCAGGGAAAAAGGAUGCGGGCGGGGACGAGAAACAAUUUUUUUUUUUUACUUGGCCCAAACUGCCAAAGGUUUUAUGUUUUCUUAUUAUUUUGCAUUUGCCAUUACCCUGGCCCAGAGGGUUUUUUAGGUUUGGCGAACGCGAAAUGCGAGAAAACGCGCGAAGAAAACGGAAAAACCUCUGGUGAAUUUGUUAGCGAUUCCUGGCACAGAAUAAGGCACACAGAAGGGCCACACCCUGGCCGCCAUCUUCCUAGCCAGUCGAUUACAUUUUCUGGCCAAUAAACGCGCUGUAUUGGCUGAAGGCCCCGCCUUCUGGCCAGUCAAUUGCACAUUUUUGCAUAGAAAAAUGGUGACACGUUGCACCGCUGAGUGGCCCUUCUCGUACUGAUCUUUAUUCUGUGAUUCCUGGUUCGGAUAAGGAAUGCAAAAAAUGUAUAAUGGCUUAAUGCAUCAUAUUCUAAAAAUAUUAUCCAAUCAUUAUCCUUGACGCCAGGCCGUCCAGACAGGGUUUUAUCGCAUGUAUACUGUUCAUUGCCAUGGAUACCAGAUUGACAUGCAACUUGUCAACAGGCUGGGACUGACAAGCGAACAUAUCCUGUUGACAAGUUGUUGGAACAGCAUUGUUACAAGUCUGCUGCAGUUUGUUACAACUUGUGCGUUUUUACGUGCGUAGGCAAAGUUAAUAAGAAUGCGGAAAAACACAACAUGAAAUAUCAUAGGAGGCCCAAUAGUUAAUUGUAAUGGGCACAAAAAAAGACUAAAACAUAAUUAGUUGAAUAUAGGCACAAAAAAACUAAAUAACAUCAAAACACACACACAAAAAUAUAUAUCAAAACUAAAACGGUUUAUAAUUCAAUAAAAAUUCAUUGUGUUACCGUGAAAAUAUUCAGGCAACUGCUUUUGUGCCACAAUCGUUGUGAAUGCAAACUUGCAGUGCGAUUGAGCUGAUCGCAUGGUUUAAUAAACACCUAUGGCUACCAUAAACAGUUGCUAGAAGUAAAAUAUUUUCACGGUAUUAUAUACAAAAUAUUACAAAAAUAUUUUAAACCAUUUUAGUCUUUUUUUGUGUUUAUUACAACUAAUAAACUAUUGAAUAUUGGGCUUCCUAUGGAAAAAUCAGUUGAUUGUAUUUUAAAGACAUAUAUCUGCCCUACAGGAAAUUCAAGUAUUAUAGGAAUGUUUUCAGAAACUAGUAAUUAGUUCGAGUAAAACGAGUUCAUGCUGUGAUUUAAGCUGUAGUGUGGUGUAAGGUCUACGUCGACAAAUAUCUUUUUUUUUAAAUAUAUCAAAUAUUCAUUGUCAGAUAUUGCAUUUUUAAAAAUAUAGAAUAAGCUGAAAAUAUCGAUUUAUGUUCAAUAUUUUCGAUACUGAACGAACAACAUCUAUAAGGAGCACUAAAAGUUGAUACAUUUUAUCGUGUAUUAGUUCAAUCGAAAGACGCUUGGAUAUACAAAAGCGUCUAUAGAUUGAAAUUAAAACUCAAUUUGCACUUCUUAAAAUACAAUAAAUGUGAAAGUGUGAUUCAUAGAGAGAGUACUUCAUAAUAGUGUGAAUAGAGUAAUUCAUGAAGUACUCUAUUCACAAUAAAGUGUGAAUAUAGUUCUUCAUUCUUUUGUACAUCGAGUUUCUGUUUUGAUAUAUUAUAAUAUUAUCGUUAUUUUUUCCGCAAUCGGUUAAUUUGAAUUCCAAUAUUCUGUAACGCCACAGCGUGCUGUGAAUUGCUGAGACUUUUAUUAUAAAAACAGUGGGAAUUCGAAUUCCCAUAUAUAUAUAUAUAUAUAUAUAUAUAUAUAUAUAUAUAUAUAUAUAUAUAUAUAUAUAUAUAUAUAUAUAUAUAUAUAUAUAUAUAUAUAUAUAUAAAACUUUCUGCAUCACGGGGGGUGUCGGAGGAAGUUUAGGACGGCAGAAACAGGUCUUCCGGGAGCGGGAGUUUCGACCAGUUAAUGGAUAAGUUUCUCGAUUAUAUACACACGUAGAAACACACAAGUUGCAACAAACCUGCAGCAGACUUGUAGCAAUGCUGUUCCAACAACUUGUCAACAGGAUGUGUUCGCACUGCUUGUUCCCAGCUUGUUGACAAGUUGUCAACGGUUUAUUGACAACUCGCUACAAGGUUGUUGAGCUCAACAGACUUGUUACAAGUUGUUCCAACAACUUGUUAUCGUCCUGCAAUUCAACAAUUUGUCAACAAGUUGCGAGUGACAACCUUGUAGCAACUUGAUAAAAUAACAGCAUUGUUACAACUUGUUGGCAAGCUUGCUACAAGCCUGUUGCGAACACAUCUUGUUGACAAGUUGUGAGAUUUUUACGAACGCAUCUACACAUGCACGCAAAAAAUCUCACAUCAUGUAUAGCAAGUCUGCCAACACGCCAUCAACAAGUUGUGUUCGCACUGCUUGUCCCAAGUAUGGAACAAGCUGUUAACAACUUGUAACAACCUUGUUGAUAUUAUCAGACUUGUUGCAAGGUUGUUCGUACAUGCAGUCAUGAAUAAAAUAAGAAUAUUGUUACAACCUUGUGUGUGUCAACCUUGCAACAUUCUUAUUAUAUCAUAAUUGUAUCAGACUUGUCAGAACAACUUUGUAAUAAGUCUGAUAAUGCCAUCAAGCUUGUUGCAAGUUGUUAGCAGCUUGUUCCAAAGUUGUUACAACAAUUCAGAAUAAAUAAAAGUCAUUUCUUCUUAUUCAUCGAAGGAUAAAAAGACGAAAGAAGUGAAAGCAGAGAAGGUAAAGGUGGAGAAGGUAAAGGUGGAGAAGUCAAAAUCGAACGACAAAACAAAAACCGAGACAAAGACAUCAUCAAGCAAGCAGGAAGAUCCCCCCGAGGACCCGGUGGAGGACGAUGCAGGUUACCUGGUCCCAGCAGAGUUGUUGAGAGCUCAGAGAGAAGUCUCUGCGGAAGAUAAGGUCGGAGAAGGCAAGGAGAGGAGCUCCAUUGGUAUCUCAAUAGGUAAGACCAUUGUUUGGAAUAUUGAGUUUAUUAGCCUUUUGCCAAAAGAGAUCACAGUGCAUUCCGGGAUCGUUUGGAGGGACAAAAUAUAUGGUAUAGGCGUCAAAUAUGUGAAAGAGUAGAAGUAUCUACUAUCGGUGUUCAGGGCUGCAAAUAAAUAUUUGACUUGACAGGACAUUUGUCCAAUCACUUUUAAUUUUGGUCCGACAUAACUUGAAUUUGGUCGGACAAAAACCAACACCACUAAAUUUGGUCGGACAUAUACAUAUAGUCACAAGAUAUAUAUAAGUCACAAGACAAGUAUGUAUAGUCAUUCCGGCGCAAGUAAAACGCUAGAAUGCCUCGUAAAUUUUAUUGCAAAAUGCAAAUUGAGUGAAUUUGCAAUCGGAUUUUGUCACAGCAAAAAAUGUAUGUGACAAUUGUUUUUUGUGAUCGGACCAAUAUUGCCAAAUUUAGUCGGACAUUGUCCGAUGUCCGACAGUAAAUUGCAGCCCUGGGUGUUUUUAAAAUCGAGGGGUAAAUUACUCUGAAAAAAGCGUACGAAGAUUUUUGGGAUUAAAAAAUCCCGGUAAUUUUUCUCGGGAUUCUCGGAUUUUUUCCCCAAAUUUAAGGGAUUUUGGGAUUUUUUCUGCUGAUUUUUUCGAAAUAUUUUUCCUUAUUUUUUUCGCCGAACUUUUUCCGACUUUUUUUUCGACAUAUAUAAUCCGUCGAAUUAUUUUUAAAACGAAGUAAAUCAACGAAGGGCAUUUUCACAACAAUUCACGAUUUAAAUGUUUAAGUUGAUGGGAUUUCUCAAUAUUGCAAUAAUUUUGAGGAUUUUAUUGAGCUUUUUCUUUUAUGCAUUUUUUAGAGAUUUCUUGGGAUUUUGGGAUUCUGGGAUUUAGUAAGAUUUUGGGAUUUUUCCAAAGAUUUUUUUUUAGAUUUUUGAUGAAGUGUACGAAGAUUUUCAGAAUAAUUUACCCCUCGUUUAAAAGACUAAGUCAGUUUCCUCAAACACUUCUUACAAAUCUUUUAAAACUUAUAAUUUAUCUAUGCAAAAGUUCUACUGUGACCACAGAAACUUUGAUCAGGUCUAAACUAGGCUUUAUACUACUGGCCAAUAAUUAAAGGGAGGCCCUUUAUCGACACCCACGUAAAACUUAGGAUAAAAUCCUACUCUGCGAAAAUAUUGAUGGCAAUAUGGCCAGCGGAAGGGAGAGUUACUUCCAGGACGUCAUUAUUUCGUGAAAGGACGUGAUAUAUAUUGGACUGGGCGAUGCAUAAACGCCAGCGCAAGAUGUACAUGUUAAUAUGUUAUAUAAGUCAAUGUCCUUGUAGGUCAACUACGUAUACGACAAUUAUGUGGACACCACUUUAAUAGCUGAAAACUAAAAUAUAUAUGACUGUUGCACACCUUGGCAUGUUUGGGAACCCCUUGCACCCCGUGCUAUGUUGAUUUUGAUGAUGUAUUUCACAAAGCUUUAUAUACCUUGACCAAUGUGUUAGCAUUUCAACAUUGAAGGGGGGGGCUGCUAAAUGCUAUUUUGGGGGAGUGAAUGUGAUAGGGCAAAGCAUGUAUUUUCAUUUUCAAACGCGCUGUCCCGCACAAUAGUGAAAUCUGUAUACUAUGUGGAAAUGCUCAUUGCAUCACUAGAUUCAUAUUGUAAAUCACGCUAUUUCCAUAGUAUCCAUGGCAAACAGUACGGAAGUGGAAUUUUUACACAAACUCCAUCUAAAACCCAUGCUAUAUCUGACCAAACAAACGCAAUAUUAAACGAACGUAAAAGAGAGAGUUUCUAUUUAACUAGUCCUUGGCAAUAUGUUCUUUGUGACAUUGUAAGCAUACCACAAGGUGACUUUUAUGCAUUUUUUACUCUGUUUUCAAAAACGUGUGAGCGAGAUAAAAAAAAGGUGAUUUUGUGCCCAUGCCACUCAGUAUACUUGGAGAAAUGCGUGAGGUCCCCACAUAAAUAAGACAUUACGCAACGUGAUAUAACACAAAAUAGGACACACUCGCAGAUUAUAACACCUAAUUUCUUUUUGGUCCUUCAGUAUUUCGGCUAUAUCCAUCAAAAAUUAAAUGAGAUUAAUAAAAGUUUAAAUUCGUGGUGUCAUGCAUGUUAUUUAAAAAGAUGACUAAGCCAGUCUCUGUCUGAUAACUUUCUAGCUUUGAAUAACUGAAUUAAUCUCUUUAUCUAUAAUCUUGUUCUAUACGAGUGUUAUGACGUGUGUCAUCAAUUUUAAAAGCGCCACUAAUCCCAAAUAUAAUUCUUGGCAUGUUUAAUGUUUGGUGAUUCAAGAAAGAAAUGAUAUAUAUAUUUCUAUAGUAAAAAACCUCAUCUUGAUCAACUUUUUUACUGCCAAAGUUGACGAUGUUGUCAUUACAUGAAUUACAAAUUGGUUAUCCUUUAUUUUAUACCCAAUGACAUCAUAUCUGGAAACUUUGACAGUGAAAAAGUUGAUCAUGCGAUGAGGUUUUUUACUAUAAAGAUAUAUUACAUUUCUUCUCAGAAUGACCCAAGUAUUACACGUAUACCAAAGAUCAUUACCAAAGAUUUAGGGUCACUGGCAGUUUACCCAAUCAAUCUGGAAAAAUUCUCCUUCACUUGUAAAUGAUGUUGUGUUAGAGCGAAAUAUACAAAUAAAAGCGCUUUUUGACGUUAGACAAAGUGAUGUCAUUUGGUGUUAGACAGAGCAAAAACUAACAGCACGUAAGGCGCAUUGGAGAGCAAUUCAGUUAAAUGGGUGAAACAUGCACAUUUGUUUAUCGAGAGACUAAUUCAAAUACCUUGCAUUUUGGAUGCAUUUCAUCAAUUGAAAUCAAUUGGUUAUCAAUUUGUUCAACUAUUCUUCCACUAACGGUUCCAUGACAAUCAUUGCUCAGCAAGAUUUUUGACCUCUCCUAAUAAGAAAAUGGAAAUGAGAAAAUAGAUCUUAUAAUUCAUGCCAAAACAUAAUUGUACUCGAUUAACAACGGUGAACGGGUUGACUUACUACUCCGUAUCAAAAUCCCAGUCCUAACUAAACUAAGCUAAACUAAACUAACUUUAUUUAUAUUGGAUAGCUUUAUCAGUUCUAAAAUGUUCUUCCUAGAGAUCCAGUAAGGAUCAUGUCUUAUUGAUCCAGUGUUACUACAGGAGGAAAUCUAAACUAAACUAACUUUAUUUAUAUUGGAUAGCUUUAUCAGUUCUAAAAUGUUCUUCCGAGAGGUCCAGUAAGGAUCAUGUCUUAUUGAUCCAGUGUUACUACAGGCGGAAACCUAAACUAAACUAACUUUGUUUAUACUGGAUAGCUCUAUCAGUUCUAAACUGUUCUGCCUAGAGGUCCAGUAAGAAUCAUCUCUUAUUGAUCCAGUGUUACUACAGAAGGAAACCUAAACUAAACUAACUUUAUUUAUACUGGAUAGUUAGUUCUUAGAUAUUAGUUCUAUCAAUUCUCGAUAUGAAAGUCACAGACUAACAAACAUACGGUCACACUUUAGGUCGUUUUAUGGACAAAGUGAAAGGCAAGAAAGACGGGAAGAAAGGUGAUCGGCCAGCAAGCAGUAUCGAUGUCAUGUUGGAAAAUUCCGAGGAACCACAAAAACGUAGUUCUACCAUGCCAGUGACUAGCAACACUAAAAAACCUGGAUUAAUGAAAAACAAAGCAAAGACUAUGAGCGCAGACGAACUGAGUAAAGACGCCAGUACUGAUGACUUGGACGGUAAGAAAACAUUGAUUUACUCGAAUGAGCAGCACGCAAUGAAAUCGACAGAGCACGAUCAUCUCAUCAUCAUCACAAAAUUAUGCUUCGUUCGAACGCAAAUUUCACAUUCAUUUCUCAGAAAUCGUUUACAACAAAUAUAUUUCUCACAGCGGUUAUUUUCAAGAGGAGAAUCUUUUGUAUGUUUCGUAACACGCGCUCAAAAUUAAUGAAUAUACUCUUUCACUUGGUUAUAACUAUAUUCAAAUUUUUAAACUUUUGAUACGUUUUCCAACCGGCAAACAAGCUUAAAAAGUAUGUUUAGUGCUUUAUCUGUAAAAUUAUGCUAAAAUGAAGAGAUUUUAGAUGGUACGCCAAAGAGAAAAUCAUGUCUGAAGUUCAGUAAGUUUUGCUUAUAUUGCUGUAUAAAUAUACGGCGUAUACACUUUGCAUCGCAAAUACGUUAAAAAAUUGCCUCUUAUACAUCAUCAUAGGAAUCGCUAUUAUAACUAAUUAAUUAUCAUUACAUCACCAUACGUAAGAUAAUUACCAGUAUCAUUAUAACCAUCACAUUACCAACUUAAUAUAACCAUAAUCAUUACUGUCACUUUUGGUUCUGUUAUCCGCACUGCAUCAUUAUCCAUAACCACUAAUAUCAUUAUCUUGUCAUCCUUAUAUGAGUUAAUAAACCCUUGUCGAUCAACAUCAUGUCAUCAAUAAACCCUUAUUGAUCAUGAUCAUCAUCAUCAAUGAACCUUAUUGAUCAUGAUCAUGAUCAUUGAUAAUUCUUACUGAUCAUAAUUAUUAUACCCUUCAGUAACCUUUAUUAAUUGUCAUGUUUUCAUCAAUAAACCCUUAUCGAUCACCACCAAUAACCCCUCAUUGAUGAUGAUAAUCAAUAAUCCUUACUGAUCAUAAUCAUCACAUUCAGUAACCUAUACUAAUUGUCAUGUUAUCAUCAAUAAACCAUUAUCGAUCACCAUCAAUAACCACUCAUUGAUCAUGAUAAUCAAUAACCCUUACUGAUCAUAAUCAUUAUCACAUUCAGUAACCUUUACUAAUUGUCAUGUUAUCAUCAAUAAACCAUUAUCGAUCACCAUCAAUAACCACUCAUUGAUCAUGAUAAUCAAUAAUCCUUACUGAUCGUUAUCAAUAAACCCCUUAUACCAUAAACCAUACCUCAAACAUUUCAACAAAUUUAAUAAAUUUCCAGGUCCUGCACCCUCAAGCCCGAAAGACAAGGAAGCAAAGAAACGAGAGAAAGGCAUGUUUGGCACAGCAGGGAAAAAAACUGGCGCUAAAUUACGGCAUAAACGUGGCAAAAAUAAAGCAACGGAUGAUGAUGGUUCUAAAUUAACAUCACAAACUUCAGCGACAUCUUUGCCUUCAUCGCCUGCUGAUGAUGAAAUAGAUGAUCAAGGUAGGAACAAAUGCCUUGUUUACAAAAUAGAUAGCUCCGUUGUAAACUAUCCGAUUGCCCGUAUUAGAGAGGACUAGAGGAGUCCAUAUUGGAGAGGUGCCCAUAUUAGAGAGGUGCCUGUUUUAAAGAGGUGUCUGUAUUAGAGAGGUGUCCGUAUUAGAGAUGUUUGUAUUAGAGAGAUGUCUGUAUUAGCAUAGUUAAUAGAGGAGAUGGUUUGGAAACUUAUUAGCAUUACAAUAAACCUCACUAUCUAUGUUUUUGUUCAGGUUUAUGCAAAAAUGUGGUCUUUCAUCGUCACGUGCGUAUUGUAUUUUUGCUCAACCAGCCAAUAGCAACGGUUUUGUCCAAUUUCCCAUCCAUGACUUUAACAAUAGGACAUUUUGAACAUUCCUAUUGGUUGACUUGAGAAAAAUACAAUACGCACGUGACGAUGAAAGACCACAUUUUUGCAUAAACCUGAACAACAUAGAUAAUGAGGUUUAUUGUGAUUUUAUUGUAAUGCUAACGAGUUUCCAAACCAUCUCCUCUAUUAACUAUGGUAUUAGGGAGGUGUCUGUAUUAGAGAGGUGUCUGUAUUAGAGAGUUGUCUGUAUUAGAGAGGUGUUUGUAUUAGAGAGGUGUCUGUAUUUGAGAGGUGUCUGUAUUAGAGAGAUGUCUGUAUUAGAGAAAUGCCUGUAUUAGAGAGAUGUCUGUAUUAGAGAGAUGUCUGUAUUAGAGAGAUGUCUGUAUUAGAGAGAUGUCUGUAUUAGAGAGAUGUCUGUAUUAGAGAGGUGUCUGUAUUAGAGAGGUGUCUGUAUUAGAGAGAUGUUUGUAUUAGAGAGAUGUCUGUAUUAGGGAGGUGUCUGUAUUAGAGAGGUGUCUGUAUUAGAGAGUUGUCCGUAUUAGAGAGGUGUUUGUAUUAGAGAGGUGUCUGUAUUUGAGAGGUGUCUGUAUUGGGGAGGUGCCCCUAUUAGAGAUAAGUCCAUAUUAGAGGGAAGACCGUAUUGAAGAGGUGUCCGUAUUAUAUUAGAGAGGUUUCCGUAAGGACAGGUGUCUGCCAUAACAAUGUAUAUAAAUGAAUACUAAAACAUAUUAAUGAUUUCCAGACAUGUAUGUAACACCAGUGGACAAUCAACUUUCCACUUCAUCUCCAUCGACAUCGUUCUUUGACAGAGAACUUCCACAACUGCCUCCGGAAGAGUCUCGAAAGCCGAGCGCUUUCUCAAUCCCUGAAAUACCUUACGAUGACGACGAUCUCUACGACGAGAUCAAUCCGAUCGCUAAGAAAGCAUUCAAAAUACCCAAAGACCUCGCCAAACUAAGCACGAACGAUAUCUCAGAGGUUCUACGUUCGCUUAACAUGGGCGAACACGUGUCGAAGUUUCGAAAUGAGCAGAUUGACGGUGAGAUAUUUAAAUCAUUGGAUGACAAAACUCUAGGAGCGCUGGGCGUGAUUGACCCGGUACAGAAAUUAAAGAUUAAGAAACUGUUGAAAGGCUGGAGGCCUAAAACUUGAGCUAUUAUUUAAUGGGAAUUGUAACAGAACUGCAAUGGUUUUGUUGAUAUUGAAGGUGAUUAUAUUUAUGCAGGUGGGUUUCAAUGAGCAUUUACAGCAGCAGAUGAUUGUCAAGUAAGGCGUAGCCACAGGGGGGGAGGGAGAGAAUGGGGGUCUGGAUCCCCCCUCACCUUUCGUCAGGACCAAUUUUAUAAUUCCUGCAAAAUUGAGGAGAAACUGGGGGAGUAUGUGCCCAGGUGUAACACCUUAAUAGAUAGCUUAAGAUCUACGACGUCGACGCCAGCUAGGACGUCAGGGCUAAGCAGAGGACUGGGACUACAUUACAACGACAUCCUAGUCCCAGUCCUCUGCAUAGCCCUGACAUCCUAGCUGACGUCGACUUCGUAGAUCUUAACCAUUAUAAACCAAAUAUGUGGCUUUCAGAUUAUCAUAAAUAGCAUUUUGCAGAACCUAAAACUAGUACAAUUUUCCUGAGGACAAAUGCCCCCAGACAGCCAUGAAAAUUGGUGGGGGUGGCAGGGGGGCAACCCCAAUAAUUUCUGAAAUCCUGUGAAUGGUAGCAGAAUAACUAUAUAACUAAGUUGUAACAAUAAUUUUUCAACCAUGAAAGCGUUACUGGGCUAGAAGUUAAGCUAUAUAUUGCAUGAAUUUUUAAGGAAAAAAACUUUAAAAAACUUUGACCACCGAUCUGCUAUACGGUAGUGCUUAAUGAAACUCGCCUAUUUUGUAUGAAUUAGUCUUGCAUACUACAAUACACUUUUACAACUGAAAUUAAACAAUAUUUCACUAGAUUGAUUAGACUUGAAUUCCUAUGGUUAAUUGGACUCCAAUGAGUCGAAAUUCUAAGUGUAAUAAUGACCCUAGCUACACUAUAAUGUCCAUGGAACGGAGGUUGAUAAUAUUGAACCCCCAAUAUCAGACACUGUUUCUAGUUUUUAAUUAUGGGUGUUUAUAAUCAUAUUUAACUUUGUUGACAAUCACUUCAUUAGCAACACUAAUAUUAGGGAAUGGGUGGGAAUUAAAUUAUUUGAAUAGUGUAAGAAUUUAGAUAAUCUUUCAUAGUUGUUUCAUGUCAUUUUGAAGCAAAAAGGGACAACGCCAAGCAUAGUGAAGUCAGAUCUGAAUAUUUUUCAAAAGUUGAUGUUGCUUGCCUGAAAACAUACUGCCGCAAAUGUUGUGGGAAAUUAAUUGACACACAACAUGUAGUCUGCUUUUGAAAGAUAGCAAAACAUUUAUCACAAAAAAGUAAGCCACAUUGAAACUACAUUCUAACAUAUUGGAAUCAUGUUAUUGAUUAACUGAAAAAAACAAUAGGGCCAUUUAUACAAGCGAAAAUAAGCUGCGGCUUAAAUAAGUCGGAACAAUUCGUAUAAACAGUCAAUUUGCAAUAAACCACAGCUAAAAUAACCCCAGAGUUGGAAGCAAGGCCUAAAUAAGCCGCGGCUUAUUGUAAAUUGACUGUUUAUAUGAGUUGCCCGCAACCUAGCCAAAAAACAGAAAAGAAAAAAAUUGGAAAAAACUGAUUGAAACCCGCAAUACAGCAAUUUUGACAACACCUUGUCAAAAUCAUGGUGCUAGUUCAACAUUUUCUCACCAAACUUUCAACUUUUAAAGUAUAUUAUAUGCAGUAUAUUUUGGGAUAAGUUAUAAACAGUCGCAGUCACCACUUGCGAACUAUUUUCUUGCACCCAAAAAUUUUACCAUAUUAAAUGCAAAGCUAUGGUCUGACUUUAUUAUGUAUCUAUGCAAAUACACCCUUUAGAAGCAUAUUUGCAGUUUUAAAUUGAGUAACUUUGACUAUAGUUGAAUUUCAAAUUACUGAUAAUAUAAUAAUUUUUAAUGGUUUUUUGUAUAGUAAUGAAAAAGUUUUACAUUUAAUUUGCUUGUAUAUAUUAUAUUUUCUCAUACCCUAGAAUGCAUUGCGUUUGAAAUUCAACUUGUAAAGUUUCUAGAAAUAAAUUCCACUCCACACCAAAUCAUUUGUAUUUGACGUUUAAUAUUUUUAUCCAAUUAUUAUAUUAAAAUCACCCUUCGCAUGUAACUUUGAGAAACGUUUGUGUCGUCUUUAAAUCCCUUUAGAUAAACUUGAUGCCUUUAAUUAAUAAAUUUUCUUACCACUGGCACAAUGCCACAAUGCGGCUAUACUAAACUUGUUUUGAAGGGCUUUUGCUUACCUAUUUCUCGCUUGCAAAAGCACUUUGUGAAGAUAUUGCUAUCCCUUAAGGAACAUCAUUCUUUUCUUGCAAAAAGUUAUGAAAAAUGUGUUUUUUCUUCACUUUUACAACACUUUUUUUCAAAUUUCCCACUUUGGCGACCAUCUUGAUUCUUGACAGCUAUUUUUACCACAGCAACCCAAGCUUGUCAUUUGAUAAAUUAUUAGAAAAAAUAAAGUGACAGACAAGUCCGUUCUGGGCAUGCGCGUGUUUAUUUGCAUAAUUUGUUAAUUGACCUUAAUUCAUUUUACAGGAAAAUUUGCUCACAACGUCUUGUUUAUUUUCAUUGAACAAAUAAAUUAUAAAUUUAUUUACAAGUAUUUACAUUUAAAAAUCUUGCUAGUUUUUAACUAAUAAUUUAUGGUUAGUUUUUCAACUUUAACUGUUUUACUGUAAUCUUUUGACUUGAUACCCCAAAUUAUAAACCCUAAUUGUGCCAAUUGUAGCUCAAGCCACCAGAUCAAAACCCUUAAUUGAAUUCUCAUAAAACAUUACCUGAAAGUUUAAGCUUUCUUGAUAUAUAUUUGCACAACCCCAAAUUUAUAUGUAAUUAUUUUAAGACUAUUCAAUCAAUCAAAUCUAACAGUAAAUCUAACCCUAAGCCCCAACUCUAAAACCAAAUGCCGAAAUGCGUGAUAUAUGGAAGAGCCGAGUCUUUAUAAGUGCUCAAAUUUGAGUAUGCCUCAGUAUGGUUUUGGAAUCGCCCUGUCCUGUGGGAAUAGAUUGAUCAAGUAGAGUCAAACCAGUGCGUGGCUGCAAAAUAACAUCAGAAGAAACGAAUCCUAUUAUUAAACCAAUCAGAAACGACAAUUUCGCCUGCCGAAGUUAGCGCAAUGCCGGAGGCAAACAACAGCCGGGAUGGACAAGCUCGUGUAGAGGAAAAAGCUCGUAGGAACCGGCCAUCCGGGGUAAAAACUCGUGCACUACAACUACUUUUUGCACCAACCACAACGUAACCUCGAGAAUCGACCGCUAUGCCGGACAAAUGGUCCACAUUGUCUUGGAAUCCGUGAAUUUCUUUGGCGGAGAUUUUCCUGAGGUAACUUCCAUCACGGCGGAAUAUUUGAACUCUCAUGUUUAUCUCGUCUGAGACAUACAUGUUGUCGUCCUUGUCAACGGCUACAAAGUUUGGGCAGCUUAUUUCACCAUCCCAUUUCCCAAGUUUGCCAAACGUGAACUGGAAUUCUCCCUCGGUGUUGAACACUUGUACUCUGUUGUUGCCU